AUGGCCGCUGUUGCUGUCUCGGAGAUCGCGGCACACGCGGCAACCCUGCGCGCGGAACUGAAGGAGUGGGAGAGGGAAUUUGCAGCAGCCAACGGAGGCAAAAAGGCAGGACGAGGUGAUAUCAAAAACGCUCCUGAAAUUGCCGCAAAAUACAAGGAAUACUCGCGCCUAAAAGCCCAAGAAUCGUCCUCGGGCAGCCAGAAGGAGAACGAAUUACCGGACUCGAAAAAUAAUGAAUCCGGAGAACGAUUGAAGAAGCGCAAGCACUCCUCACCUAAUGGACCAGAGCAUGGCCAGGGCCACGGCCAGACUACGUCUACGCCGCGGAAAAAGGGAAAAGACAUCUUUCAGACACCCUCAAAAGCGAGAACAGCACACCCCGCGAAUGUUGACCCUUAUGACUCUCCCUCCGUGCUCCGGAGACUCUUCAGCCCCUCGACGCAUAUGCAAUCUUCGUCCCCGUUAAAGACGGCCAUCGGACCAACCCCGCAACGAGAUGGCAAAGCACUCGGUCUCUUCGAUCUCCUCUCCGAGUCGGGAGGCAGCACCGCGACGCCUUCCGCGACCCGGAUAGCAAGCGUCAAGGGUAUGUCGGCGCAGACGCCCUCAAAGAAACGCAAGACAAUGGAUACAAUCGCGGAGGGAGAGGAGGACGAGGAAGAAAGUACACCGCGAGGGGAACGCACACCUGCUUCAUCAGGGAAGAUAUACGAUCUCUCGGCUCUCUUCGCGACCCCGACGGCUUGGAAAUAUUCCUCUAUUGUCGAGGAUGAGGCUUCAAAAAGCGCAUAUAGGAAUAACAGGGCGAGUCAGUCAAACCCGCAACCUCCUACGGAUACCGACCCCGCGAACCUCGAGACUCCGUCUUUCCUUCGACGAUCUACGUCCGGUAUUUUCAGCUCGUCGAACCCCAAUGCCAGCGCAGGCGGUCUAAGCCCGAUACUCGUCCGCAAGCCACAACAAUUCGUAGGCAAGGGCCUCUCACAGAUCGUCCAGGGUCUACGCGAUAUGGAAGAGGAACGACUAGAUGAUGACCUAGACGCUCUUCGCGAGAUGGAGAACGAGCAGCAGGGGCCGGGCGUCGAAGUAGCCGAUAGUCAGAUUCCAGCGGAUCCAGCUGCGCAGGGCCGUACAUACAAGAAGAAGGGCCAGAAGCGCACGACCCGUCUAGUUCGCAUGAAGCCGGUUGUUGCGUCAAAGCCGGUAGCGACAAAAUCUCGGUCUCAGUCUCAACCGCAGCGCCAGAGCCAGCGCCAGCCUCGAUCCACCAAGCCGUCCUCCUCUACUCUAGUUCGCGAAGACGGCAGUGGUGGCACUGAACCGGAGGAAAGCGAUGACGACCUCGUGGCCAUAGCAGAAACGCAGACUGAUACUGCCUCGCUUCGCCCUAGGAAAGAACACGACGGGAACGUCGCAGAAGAAUUCGAAGAGGGCGACUGGGACUCUCUCCAUUCGAUCUCCGAGGCUGAAGCAGAGUCAGACAUGGACUCCGAUCCGGAUUAUGACGCCGUCUCGAAACCGCUGGGUCGGACGAAGAGUUUUUCAGAGAAAAUGAAGGAGGCUAUUGGGAAUGCGGGUGGGCAGUCCAGGGGCAGCCAUGAGACGAAACAGCCACAGCAGCAGGAGAAGGAGAAGAAGAGGAAGGAAAAGGAAAAGGAGAAUGUUGAAAAGAAGCCGUCGACGAGGAAAAUCAAUCCUCAGGCUCAUGCAAAUUAUCGGUCGUUGAAGAUUCGGAAUAGAGGCGGAAGCAGAGGACGUGGAUUCGGGAGGUUCCGACGAAGGUGA